GCCAACCUGUAGAGAAAAGGUGAAAUUGGACUUUAAGUAUCCUUUAAGGGACUAUUUUGGCUGAUACUAUGAAACGGCGACAAAAGAGGAAACAUCUGGAAAUUGAAGAGUCCGAGGAAGCUGAUGAGAAGUCAGGAGGGAUUUCAAAGUCACAAGAGGAUGUCCCCCAGCCCGAAUCCACUGGAGUGGCCAAAGCCCAGAGCCCAGGGGUAGGGGAGGUCUCCUCUGCCUCAGAAUACUUCUCCUGUGUUUCUUCUCCACACAAGCUCAUCCAUCGUAGUAAGGGAACCCGGCAAUCACAACAAGACAGUUCCAAGUCUACACUACCACUAGACCAGGUUCCAGAAGGAGAUGCCACUAAUAUCACCUCCAAACGUCCCUUCUCAUCCUGUCCAUCUUAUAAGACUUGUGUGUCCUCCCUGUGUACAGACAAAGAGGAUAAGGGUAUGAAAAUAUACUACAUGCAGGUACAAAUGAAAAAAGGUGUGGCUGUCUCCUGGGACACAAAGGAAACCUCAGAGUCCCCAGAAAAGCAACCAAGGAUGGAAGAAGCCACCCUUCCUGAGGGUGUGUGGGUGGGCACCCCACCCUCCGAUGUGUCCACCAGAAAUCCCCUGUCGGACAGUGAACCCAGCGGGGAAGAAAAAGAACAUGAAGAAAAGCCAGAGUCAGACAGCCCACCUGGGUCACCCAUGAUUGAAGAGAGACCUAGGGCCAAGACGCCUGACUGGCUGGUUACCAUGGAGAAUGGCUUCAGGUGCAUGGCCUGUUGCAGAGGCUUUGCCACCAUAGAGAGCCUCCAAGAGCAUGUGCAGUACGGGAUCAGGGAGGGCUUCAGCUGCCACGUCUUCCACCUCACCAUGGCGCAGCUGAUCGGCAACGUGACACCAGAGAGCACCCAGAAGGAGGAAGAGAACAACAACAAGGAGAAAGAGAAACACAAGGCAAAGAAGGCUGAGGAGCAGCAGCCCACAGAGGAAAACGGGACGAAGCAACCCUGGAGCCAGUGUCCAGGCUGUAUGUUUGAUUCUCCAAAGGACAGAAGAAGAAGAAAGGACCACCAAGGCGGCAGUGGACGCAGACAGAAUGGCAAUAGUAUAAAGGAAGAUGAAAAGACCAACACUCAGUCGGACACGUAAUCAUAUGCAAUAAAGAUUGUUUUCCAAACCGUG